AUGACAUCGCAAUGGACUGCGCAGCGUGUGCGUAGCACUUUUUUGGAUUAUUUUAAAAGUAAAGAGCACACAUUUGUACCCUCUUCUUCGGUUAUUCCCUAUGAGGACCCCACCCUAUUGUUUGCCAAUGCUGGUAUGAACCAGUACAAGCCCCUCUUUUUGGGGACGGUGGCUCCGGGGUCGCCCUUUGCCGGCCUCAAGCGCGCUGCGAACUCUCAAAAGUGCAUCCGUGCUGGCGGUAAGCACAACGAUCUCGAGGAUGUUGGCCGUGACAGUUAUCACCACACCUUCUUCGAGAUGCUGGGUAACUGGUCGUUUGGCGACUACUUCAAAAAGGAGGCCAUCCAGAUGGCGUGGGAGCUGUUGACCAACGUUUACGCUCUGAAGGCUGACCAGCUUUAUGUAUCGUACUUUGGUGGUUCUCCUGAACGCAAUAUGGAGCCUGAUCUCGAGGCUAAGCAGCUUUGGCUCGACAUUGGUGUUCCUGAAGAUCACAUCGUCGUGGGCUCUUACAAGGACAAUUUCUGGGAGAUGGGCGACCAGGGCCCCUGUGGUCCCUGCUCUGAAAUCCAUUAUGACCGCAUUGGUGGUGGUCGUAAUGUCCGCGACCUCGUCAACAUGGACGAUCCCGAUGUGUUGGAGAUCUGGAACUUGGUUUUCAUUCAGUUCAACCGUGAGGCCGAUGGUACCUUGCGUCCUCUGCCCGCUAAGCACAUUGAUACUGGUAUGGGUUUCGAGCGUUUGGUUUCCGCUUUGCAGGAUAAGCGUUCCAACUAUGACACCGAUGUUUUCGCUCCUUUGUUCACCAAAAUCCAGGAGCUGACUGGCCGUCGCGCUUACGAGGGCAAGUUUGGUGCUGAGGAUGCUGAUGGUAUCGAUACUGCCUAUCGUGUUGUUGCUGAUCACGUCCGGACUUUGACUUUUGCAUUGGCUGAUGGCGGUGUUCCUAAUAACGAUGGCAGAGGUUAUGUUCUGCGUCGUAUUUUGCGCCGUGGUGCUCGUUAUGUUCGCAAGUACUUUGACGUGCCUAUCGGAACAUUCUUCUCUUCCUUGGCUCCUACUCUUAUCGAUCAGGUCGGUGACAUGUUCCCCGAGUUGGCUAAAAACCAGGCCGACAUUUUCGAGAUUCUUAAUGAAGAAGAGGACUCGUUUGCUCGUACCCUUGAUCGUGGUGAGAAGCUCUUCGAGCAGUACGCUGCUCGUGCGCGUCAGCAGAACCUGACCAAACUUGACGGCAAAGACGUUUGGCGUUUGUACGACACGUUCGGCUUCCCGGUCGAUUUGACCCGGUUGAUGGCUGAAGAGGCCGGCCUCACGAUUGACGAAAACGAGUUUGAGGCUGCUCGUCUUGCUUCCAAGGAGGCCUCGAAGGGCACCAAGUUUGUCUCCGGUGAGGCGCUCCUUAAACUUGAUGUUCACCUGCUCUCUGAACUCCAAAACUCUCAGGUUCCCACUACCGAUGAUGAUGCCAAAUACGGCAAGGGAAACGUUACUGCUACUGUUCUUAAGGUUGUAGACAGCACUGGGUUUGUUUCCGAGGUUUCCUCGGGCCAGACCGGUUUAUUGCUGGACAAGACCAACUUCUACGCAGAGUCGGGUGGCCAAGAGUACGAUGCCGGCAAGAUCCUGAUUGACGGCGAGGCGGAGUUUGAUGUUCAGAAUGUCCAGAGCUAUGGUGGCUACGUUUUGCAUACUGGUUACCUCAAGUAUGGGUCCAUCAAGACGGGCUCUCAGGUUGUCGUUGGCUACGACGUUACUCGUCGUGCUUCUUUGCAGAACAACCACACUGGUACCCAUGUUCUCAACUUUGGUUUGCGUGAGGUUCUCGGUGACGGAAUUGACCAGAAGGGAUCUCUUGUUGCUGAGGACAAGCUGCGCUUUGAUUUCAGCCACAAGCAGGGAGUUAGCCUACCCGAGCUCGACAAGGUUGAGAAGCUCUGUUCAAAAUACAUCAAGGACAACCAGACUGUUUAUUACAAGGAUGUUUCUCUUGAGAAAGCCCGUGCUAUCUGCGGUGUCCGUGCCGUUUUCGGUGAGACUUACCCGGAUCCUGUCCGCGUAGUGUCCAUCGGUGUUCCUGUCGAUGAACUUGUCUCGGAUCCCGACAACAAAAAAUGGCACGAGUACUCUAUUGAGUUCUGUGGUGGUACGCAUGUUGGCAAGACUGGCGAAAUUCGUGAGCUUGUGAUUGUCGAGGAGAGCGGUAUUGCCAAGGGUAUUCGACGCAUUGUCGCCGUUACCGGCUCUGCUGCUCAUGAUGUCCAGCGCGUUGCCCAGACCUUUUCUCAGCGUCUCGAUGAGCUCGAGGCCGCUAUUGAUGCUAUUCCUGUUGCUGAGGCCGAGGCCCAAGCCAAAAAACUUGGCGUCGAGCUCAAACCCUUGUCGGUCUCUGUCAUUUCCAAGGCGGCUCUCACCGAGCGUUUCAACAAGCUCCAGAAGCAGAUCACCGAGAAGGUCAAGGCGCAGCAGAAGGCUCAGGCCAAGAAGGUUGUCGAUGCUAUCGCCAAGUACUUUGAGCAGAACCCCGAUGCCAAGUUCGCUGUCCUGAAGGUCGAAGGUAACCCCAAGGCUCUGACCGAGGGAUUCAACUAUGCCAAGAAGAACGACAAAACCGUCUACCUCCUCAGCGUCGAUGGCGACAAGGUCGCUCACGGCUGUUUCAUCGCCGACAAGUCCGCCUCUGCUCCUGAAAUCGGUCAGGCCGUAUCCGAAGUUGUCGGAGGCCGUGCCGGCGGCAAAGGACAGAGCAUCCAGGGCUCGGGAACUGAGACCUCUAAAGUCGACGAGGCUAUCAAGGUUGUCACUGAAAAGCUAACUGCUCUCGGUCUGUAA